AUGUCAAACCAAGCAGUCGCCACUCUGAGUAAGUCUUCCGGGAAGACCAUUCCAGCAGAUGCGUACGAGCCUACUGGGUCAUCCAUGGAUUGGGAAGGAAGACACGGUCCGACUGAUGUGGCCGAGCAUUUUAUUGAUCUGUCACCGUUCAUUACCACAUCGGACGAUGAUGUUCUCAAUAAUGGCGCAUAUAUGACUCGGACGAGCGAAACCGAGGCUCCAUCGGCAGGCUACAUCAUGGAUCUCACAGAAGGUUCUAGCAGGCCCUCCGAAUUGCCUCAACUUCAAUUACCUGUGACAGAGCUGGAGAACCGUCAGAUGGGUAUUACCAUGGACAAACAGUGGCUAAAGCCACUGCACCCACCUCAGCAAAAGUGGCCGGCGCUGGAACGACUUCUUGUGGCCAUUCUGCUACCUUUUCUGAGGGGAGCUUACGGCAAGAAUUAG